AUGCAACAACAACAAAAUCAAGAGGAGGAAGAUUUUUGUAGGGUGUGUAGAAAUGGUUCAACACCUGAUAAUCCAUUAUCAUAUCCAUGCAAAUGUAGUGGUUCCAUCAAAUACAUUCACCAAAAUUGUUUAUUAGAGUGGAUUCAACAUUCAAAAAGUUCUUCAUGUGAGCUAUGUGGCCAUCCCUUUAGAUUUACUCCAAUUUAUUCACCAAAUGCACCAGAAUUUAUACCAUCCCAUGAAUUAUUUUAUGAAGCAUUAAUUAGGUUUAAGUGGUAUAUUAAAAAGAUAUCAAGAAUAUUAUAUAUUGUAUUCUGUUGGUUAUUUAUUGUACCAACAGUAACAUGUUGGAUUUUUAAUUUCUUUUUUGGUCAAAAAUGGUUGGUACCUUUGGGAAGAGUGGUAAUGGAGAAUAGUGGAUUCGGUAGUAGUCAUCACACAGCAGUCACACUAUUUUAUGACUUUUUCAUUGGCACAACUUUAUUCUUUUGGAUCAUUUUAGCAUCAAUUGCCAGUUAUAUGAUCAUCGAUUUCAUUCAUCAUAAACAUGCUGAAAUUGAAAUUCAAGAUGAAUUCGAAUUUGAUAGUGAUGAUACUUAUUUACAAAAUUUACAACAACCACAACAACAACAACAACAACAACAACAACAACAACAACAACAACAACAACAACAACAACAACAACAACAACAACAACAACAACAACAACAACAACAACAACAACAACAACAACAACAACAACAACAACUACAACAACUACAACAACAACCACCACUACAACAACAAAAUAUAAUACAACAAGCAGAUAAUAAUAACAAUACUACUAAUGAAGAGAAUGUUUAUAAUAAUCAAGAUUUAGGAUUUCAAAUUACUGAUGAUAUGCCAAUUAGGUUACGUCAAAGAUUAAGACAGCACCAACAACAACAACAAAAACAUUUAGAUCAAAUUAGAUUACAAGAAUUACAAGAACAAUUAGCAGAGACCAUCUCAAGAGAUGAUCAAGUUGGUCAAGCUAUGAUACAGGAUCAAAUAACAACAUUACAACUACAAAUCCAAAGAAAUCAACAACCACAACAACAACCACAACAACCACAACAACAACAACAACAACAGCAACAACAACAACCGGUAGCAGCAGGAGGAGAACCAAUUCAAUUACAACCACAACAAAAUCAAAGAGUAUUCUUUAGAAUACCAGGCGUGUUGGAAAUGUUAAGACUUCAAGAUGUACCAGAAGAACAUGAAAAUGAUAUCGAAAAUGAUCCAAACCAAAUCGAUGAUUUAGAACAUUUUAUCGGGUUAUCAGGACCAUUAUUCAAUAUAUUAACUCAUUGUUUCAUUUUAAUUGUUUAUAAUGCAAUAUUUUUAUCAACAUUUUUAUAUUUCCCAUAUUUAAUUGGUCACACAUUUAUUGAAAAAUUACCAUUCCAUGUAAAAGAUAUUUUAAAAUUGGUUGAUGGUUCAAUCUCUCAAUGUGUAGCUGGUGUAGCUGUUGGCUAUACCAUUUUAUCUUUUACUGCUUUAAUUAUAUUGUCAAUUUUAAUAAAGGAAAAGAUAGCAUUCAAAAUAUCAACAUUAACUCAUUCAUUUAUAAAGAUUGGUGUUAUUACAAUAUUCGAAUUGGGUAUAUUACCAAUUGUAGUUGGUUGUUUUAUUGACUUUUGUUCGUUAAGAAUUUUCGGUGGAUCAAUUGAGGCCAGAUUAUCUUUUGCUCUCUCACAAAAAAUGACAUUUUUAUUCUCUCGUUGGAUUUUUGGUAUCUUUUUCAUGGUCAAUUUUACCAAUCUUUGUUCAAUUUUCCAUCAAAUCUUUAGAAAAGGUGUAAUUUGGUUCUUAAAAGAUCCAAGUGAUCCUGAUUUUGACCCUUUUAAAGAUAUGAUUAAGCUUUCUUUUAAAAGACACUUAUUUAAAGUAUUUGUAUCUUUAUGUGCAUAUGCUAUUAUUGGUUUACUUUUUGUAUUCUUACCAGCUUUAUUCUUAUCAACAAUACCGGGUUUCCUUCCAAUUAAUUUACAAGUUAAUGAUCCAAUUACAAAAGGUUCCGCUGAUAUAUUAUUUAUUGUAGCUGCAUCAUUCUUCCCAAAAUUCGAUACAAAGAUUACCAUAAAGAAUAUUGUCAAGUUUUGGAUCACAAAAAGUUCAAAAAUUCUAUCUUUAGAAAGUUAUUUAUUACCAAAAGAACAACAACAAAAUGUACAAACAGCAAAUCAACAACAACAACAACAACAACAACAACAGCAACAACAAGAAGAAGAAGUCUAUAAUGAAGAAGAAAUUGAGGAGGAUGACGACGAAAAAGAACCAAAUCAACAACAACAACAACAACAACAAAAACAAGGACAAGUACAAAAGCAACAAGAUGUAAUUUUCAAACCAAAUAAUUUUAAAAAGAGAAUUUCUUUAUUUAUUUUUUUAGGUUGGUUAACAUUAUUCUUAGCGAUUUGCGCAUAUAUUUCAAUACCAGUAUUAGUUGGAAGACUCAUACUUGGACCAUUUAGCAAUGACAAUGAUAUUUAUUGUAUUUUAGUAGGUUUAUUCUGUGGUUGGGUUUUGUCAAAGAUUGCCUUUUUAUUAUUUUCUCCAUCAAGUAGUAUAAAUAUAAUUCAAUGGGUUUCAAUUGGGUUAAAGGUUUUAUUGAUUGGUUUUAUUAUGGUUAUUGUGAUGCCACUUUUGACAGGAUUUUUAUUUGAUUUCAUAUUUAUGGUACCAAUAAUGGCGCCAUAUGAUGAAUCAUUCUUCAUUCAUUUUGGUGAUAUAUUCCAAAACUGGUGCUUAGGUGCAUUACUAUUAAAGUUUUGGUAUAGAUGGAUCAAUGCAACUAACCAAAAUCCAGAUAAUAAUAGAAAUAAUGUUAUCGAAGAUUUAGAUCAACCAAGAGAUAGAUGGAUUGAUAGAUUUAAGCAAUUCAAGAGAAAUGGUAUUUCAAAUAUUGAUUUAAAAUGGACAUUUAGUAAAAUUAUUUUCCCAAUUUGUCAUUAUCUCUUUACAUUGUUAACAGUACCAAUUUUCUUUUCCAAGUUUUUAGUACCAUUAUUUGGUGGAAGUUUAAUUUUGGAGAGUAUUUCCUUUAGAUAUGGUUUUGCAGUCUACUGUUUCAUUUUAUUAUUUGAAAAGAUUUUACACAAGAUUAAACAAUGGUCAUCACGUUUCCCCAAUAUGAUAAGAGAUGAUAAAUAUUUAGUUGGUAAACAAUUGCAUAAUAUAGAUCAACAACAACCAUUAAAAUUAGACGAUAGUGGUAAUGGUAGUAACCAAACUAUUUUUUAA